AGUAGCUAGUAGUCAUCGAAACCACAACGCCAUAACAAUAUGCACGCAACUGAUAAAAUUUUAAAGCUCUUGCUUUUAUAUCUCAUAAAAGCCUCAUUUCUCAUAUAUGUACAAUGUGAAGACUAUGAAAAUUUCGAAAGUUUAACUAUGAAAUUGUGUUGUGUAAAAUGGAAGUACUAUAACAUGGAAACACAUCAAUGUGAAAGAUUACCAGAACAAAGAAUCAUUACAUGGUCUAAGAUGCUGAGAUUGGCUAACAAUAGCCUAGCGACAAUAGAUAUUCAAAAUGACUUUAAGCUUCAAAUACGUGGUCCUUGCAGGAAACCCUUAGGUGUAGAGGAUUUACGAUAUGAUUACUUAAAACUUGAGCACAUUGCAGGAGAUUAUUGUUUUACACAUCACCGCCCAAACAGACUUGGCCAAUAUGAUUUGUCUCCACUUCAUAUGAGGUGUAUUAAAGACGGCAUUCAUUUAAGGAACAAGAAAGUCUACCUACAGUUAGUUCCAUAUUUUCUAAGUGCAAUUCUCUUGGAACUUUUCACUUUGCUGAUGAUUUUCAUUUAUAUCCUCUUUAAUGACAAACAAAAGGGAAUACAAUCCCUACUUUUUAUUUGCUAUGCUAUAUCCAUAUUAAUGGCAGAAAUUCUCCUAAUGCCUAUUGUCUAUGAUUAUUUUUAUCCAUUUUUAAAGGACUUUGAAUAUGUAAUUUUAGAAAGUGUUUCUCUCUGCUUUGGUACAUCGGCCAUACUUUGGACCAUUGUUAUAUGCUUUGAGAUGCGGCGAACAUUUAAGCAAACUUUCAAGGAUUAUGAUUUCAAAAAGGAUGAGAAGCGAUUUCACUGGUAUUCGCUAUAUGGUUGGGGUUUCUCUUUAAUACUGGCAGUGACCACAUGGAUUUUUGCUUUUUAUCAAUUAUAUGAUGCUUUUCUUAUGCCUUUUCUGAUUAUUCAUUUGAUACUAUUCUUGACAAUUGCAUGCGAUAUCUUUAGAUUACGUCUCAUAUCCAUGUCGAAGACGCCGGAUGCCAAAGAGUUCUUGUGGAAAAGUGUAAGAAUCAUUCUUCGUUUGGCGGCCAUGAUGAGUCUCUCCCAAAUGGUCUACUAUAAAGCAUUUUUGGCACAUUUAUUACAAACUAACUCGACAAUGAGUGCCAUGCUUGUGAUGAAUGCGAUUUCCAUCUUGGAUGCUGUGAUUAUUUUCGCUCUCUUCGCAUCGAGACGAGACUUUAGAGACAUUGUGAUAUCAAGACUUAGAAGUAAUUUCAGUGAUUUCAAGGGUUCAAGAAACUUUUUGGAUGAAGAGGAAAUGUGAUAGCACCAUUUAACCAAAUUAUAUGUGUGUAAAUAAUGUUAAAACAGCAUAAUUUAAAUGAAUAAAAUACUUCUUUCCCAUGUAUAAUAAAUAUUGGGUUGCCCAAAAA